AUGGCUGCUCUGCGAGCGUCGUCCUUGCUGCGCCCGGCCACUCGUGCCGCGAGGCACCCCGCUGUCUCCAGACUCCCUGCUCGAGCCUUCUCUGUCUCCUUCGCCCGCGCCGCAUCGUCCUUGUUCCCCGAAGAGCCUGCUCGUCCCACCGUCAAGACGGAGAUUCCGGGGCCCGUGUCUAAGAAGUACAUUGAGGACCUCCAUGAGGUCUUUGACACGCGCAGCUUGAACAUGCUGACCGACUACACCAAGAGCAUCGGCAACUACAUCGCCGACCCCGACGGCAACGUCCUCCUCGAUGUCUACGCCCAAAUCGCCUCCAUUCCCCUGGGCUACAACAACCCUGCCCUCAUCGCCGCCGCCAAGACCCCCGACAUGGUCAACGCCAUCGUCAACCGGCCCGCCCUCGGCAACUUCCCCUCCCACGACUGGGCCUCGAUCCUGCGCUCCGGCAUCCUCAAGGCCGCGCCCCCCGGCCUCAACCAGGUCUUCACCGCCAUGGCUGGCUCCGACGCCAACGAGACGGCAUACAAGGCUGCUUUCAUGUACCGCCGCCAGCAGGAGCGUGGUGGCCCCAACGUGCCCUUCACCGAGGAGGAGAUCUCAUCCUCCAUGAACAACUCGAGCCCCGGCGCCGCCAACCUGUCCAUCCUCUCCUUCAAGACGGGCUUCCACGGCCGCCUCUUCGGCUCCCUCUCCACGACCCGGUCCAAGCCCAUCCACAAGCUCGACAUCCCCGCCUUUGACUGGCCCCAGGCCACCUUCCCGCUGCUGAAGUAUCCCCUCGAUCAGCACGUCGCCGAGAACGAGGCCGCCGAAGCCGCGUCCCUCGCCGAGGUCGAGCACCUCAUCAAGACGCACCCCGCGCCCCCCGCCGCCGUCAUCGUCGAGCCCAUCCAGUCCGAGGGCGGCGACAACCACGCCUCCCCGGCCUUCUUCCGCGGCCUGCGCGACCUGACCCUGAAGCACAACGUCCUCUUCAUCGUCGACGAGGUCCAGACGGGCCUCGGCGCCACCGGCAAGCUCUGGGCCCACGAGCACUGGCACCUCCAGACGCCGCCCGACAUGGUCACCUUUUCCAAAAAGGCCCAGGCCGCCGGCUACUACUACGCCAACCCCGAGCUGCGCCCCAACCUGCCCUACCGCCAGUUCAACACGUGGAUGGGCGACCCCGCCCGCGCCCUCCUCUUCCGCGCCAUCCUGUCCGAGGUCCGCGCCCACGACCUCGUCGAGCGCACCGCCCAGGUCGGCGCCCACCUCUUUGCCGGCCUCGAGCGUCUCGCCGCCAAGUACCCCGACCAGGUCGCCAACCUGCGCGGCAAGGACCGCGGCACCUUCAUCGCCUUCGACAGCCCGCGCCGCGACGAGGUGCUCAAGACGGCCAAGACGCUGGGCGUCAACAUUGGCGGCUCGGGCGCGAGCGCCGUGCGGUUGAGGCCCAUGCUGGUGUUUGAGGAGGGCCAUGCGGAUAUCCUGCUGGAGACACUGGAGACGAUUGUGUCUUCUUGA